AUGGUCAAAGAAACAAAGUACUAUGAUAUUUUGGGCGUUUCGCCUACCGCAACCGAAAAUGAACUAAAGAAGGCGUACAGGAAGUUGGCACUUAAGUACCAUCCGGAUAAGAAUCCCAAUGAGGGCGAACGUUUUAAGGCGAUCUCACAAGCAUAUGAGGUUUUAUCGGACCCGAAAAAAAGGCAGGUAUAUGACGAAGGUGGCGAAGAAGGUCUAAGCGGAGCGGGUGGAGGUGGAAACUUCCAUAAUCCAAUGGACAUUUUCGACAUGUUUUUCGGAGGUCAUUUCCGAGGUGGUGAAAGAGGUGAACGUAAAGUACGUGACAUGAUACAUCAAUUACCGGUGACGCUAGAACAAUUAUAUAACGGCGCUGUCAAGAAACUGAAACUUUCACGUAAUAUUGUUUGUCCGGCAUGCGGAGGUAUUGGUGGAACAAAGGAUUCUGUGAUUCGUUGCGACAGUUGUAAAGGUCGAGGUGUACGGAUCGAAAUUACGCAAAUUAGACCUGGUAUGGUACAACAAAUGCAGUCAACAUGUAAUGUUUGCCGAGGUGAAGGUGAAGUAAUACCUUCAAAAGAUCGAUGCAAGCAAUGUGACGGAAAAAAAAAGAUCCGAAAUGAGUCUGUUCUGGAAGUUCAUAUUGAUAAAGGAAUGAAGGAUGGACAAAAAAUAGUGUUCUCAGGACAAGGCGAUCAAGAAGUUGGAAUAACUCCUGGUGACGUAGUGAUUAUAUUGGAUGAACAAUCACAUGAUACAUUUGUGCGGAAAGGACAUAAUCUUGUUAUGCAAGUUGAUCUCGAAUUGGUGGAAGCACUUUGUGGAUGCACAAAAUCAGUAGCGACAUUAGAUGCUCGUCAUCUUAUUUUUUCAAUAUUUCCAGGUGAAGUGAUGAAGCAUGGCGAUAUGCGUACGAUAAUUGGUGAAGGUAUGCCGCAUUAUAAGAAUCCUUUUGAUAAAGGUGACCUACUUAUUCAGUUUGCCGUGCGAUUCCCGAAGAAAAUUAUGGAAGUUGAACAAUUGAAGAACUUGUUACCAAAUGGUACAGAACCGUUGGUAUCAGAUGAUGCAGAAGUUGUGGAGUUAGAAUUAAUUCAUGACCAUGGGCCUCGUCCAUCAUCGUCAUAUGAAUAUGAAACACAUGGGCCGCAAGGUGUGCGUUGUCAGACUCAGUGA